GAGCUGAUUGGCCCACCUCGCGGCCUCCAGCCACCUGCUGCUGUCUGUCUUGGGGCCACAAGCCCCGUGCUCCAUCCUGCCCACCAGGCCCAGCGUGGCAACAGCGGGCCGGACUCUGGACCUGCUGCUUCUCAGACGUCUCCAUGACAACCAGGGCCUUGGAGGAGCUGGAUGGAGGCCUGGGCAGUUGCCAAGUGGAGGAGGACCUCUCUGCACUGCCUGACCCCUGCCCAGGCCGGCCCCGGGAGGACAGGGCUCAAGUGACAUCCAGGCUGGCCGACUCCAGCAGCUGGCCCCGUGUGAGUAGCCGGGGCCCUGGGGUUUCAGCCCAGGGUGCCCCUAGAGUAGGGGACAUGUUGGCCAAGAGGGACUCUCAGGAGCCGGCAGCUGAGGGCAGCCCCGCAGGCGGUGUGGGUGCUUGGCCCAAGAAAACAGAAAAGGAGCCUGUGGCCAAAGUGGCCUCCGGACCUGGCCCCCGGAGCCCCGCGCGGAAGAAGGCGCAGGCCGCGUCGCCCUCGCAGCCGCCGCCCCCGCCCCCGCCCCCGCCCCCGGUCCUGAGUGAGGAGCUGCUCUGGGGACACCUGACGCUCAACAAGUGCCUGGUGCUCGCCUCGCUCGUGGCGCUGCUGGGCUCCGCCUUCCAGCUGUGCCGCGAGGCCGUGGCGGGGGAGGCGGAAGCCCCUGCGCCUGUCCCUGAGCCGUGGGUCCCGCCGAGCUCGGCCCUGAAGGAGCCAGCGUCACCCCUGCCAAAGUCCGUGGCCUGGGCCCCCCCACUGGGACCGCCGGAGCCCCCGGCGAAGGUAGAGGAAAGGGCCGCGGUUCCCGGGAGCAGCGGGGCUGCAGGGAAGGACAAAGGGGAGUCUGAGGAGGCCGCUGAGGAGGAGCGCGUGCCGCUUGCCAACCGAGGGCCCAAGGAGAGGCGGAAGAAGGAGGAGAGGCCAAGAAAGGAGAGGCCCCGGAAGGAGAGGCCACAGAAGGAGGAGAGGCCGAGGAGGGAGAGGCCCCGGAAAGAGGAGAGGCCGUGGGCUGCCGGGGAGGCCAUACCCCGACGCUGGGAGGCACGCGAAGGGGGCCAUAGGGCAUGGGCGGGAGAGUCCAGAGACCCCGAGCAUAGGAAGAGGCAGGCCUGGGCCUCCCCGCGGCGCCCCGACGAGGAGGACCGGCCUCCCGGCCGCCAGAAGCGCCACGCGGGCAAGGGGCGGGACUGAGCCAGACCUGGGUCCUGCACGGGGGUCCCUGAACCUCUGCUCGACCGCCCCGCGGUUCCAGCAAAUAAAGCGAGUGCUGUGGUCCCCCUCA